UCUGCCCCAGUUCUGGAAAACGAGUUUUCCUAGGGUUCUUUGCAGAUAUGGAGAAGCCAUUGAAGCAGCUGUCAUCCCCGGAGUGGGAGACCCUAAUCGAGGAUUUCCAGUCCAGAACUGCUCUUCGGGAGCGAUGGCUUACACCGUACCAUAGCCUUUCUUUCCUCGACCUUGCUCUCUCCGCUGUUCUCAGAAAGGAUUUUCCGCUCAAGCUCCAGGUCAUCGUAUUUCUUGAAGAGUUUUUUGAAGUUUUGAUCAGAGAAUCAGAGGCUGAAGAGGCUUUAAGGAGAUUAAUGGAAGCUCUCCGAGCUGUUGUUCAAGCCCCAGUAGAUGGAAUCUCUGUGACGUAUUCGCUGAAAGAGGAGAUGAUGGUUUCUUCAACUUCGAUCAUGAUCUCUAUCGAUGGAUUGAAGAAUGGAAUUCGCUACCUAGAAAGUUUGACAGAAUUGCUCUUGACUGUCAUUAACCGGCCGAACUACGGCGUGGAUCGGCAGACCAGGGGUGUAGCCUGCGAGUGCUUGAGGGAAUUAGAGAGGGCCUAUCCUUGCUUGCUUGCUGAUGUGGUCGGCCAUCUAUGGAAUUUGUGCCAAAGCGAGAGAACUCAUGCUUCACAAAGCUACAUUCUGUUGUUAACAUCGGUAAUCCAUGAUCUCGUGAUCUACAGGACCAACGUGUCGAUUCUUACCACCUCGGUCCCUCUGUUUCCUUUCAAUGUGCCACAUUCCCUUGUUGCCGCAACUUCUUUGUCGACUAGAGAACUAUCAGUUUCGAAUGUCAGGGAGCUUCGUAGAGUGACGGCUUUCUUGCUCGAAAGGCCGCAGAUUCUAACACCCUGUGGAAUGAUGGAAUUCAUGUCGAUGUUGAUGCGUGUCACUGUGGCUCUGGAAUUGCAGGCAUCAUUGUUGAAGGUGCAAUUCUCUGGCCUGCUUUACUCGUACGAUCCUAUCCUAUGCCAUGUUGUUCUGAUGCUAUAUUCCCAUUUCUUAGAUGCAUUUGAUGACCAAGAGGGUGAGACUGCUCGGCGUCUGAUGCUAAUCUCGAAGGAAGUUCAGCAUCAUCUGGUUUUCCGCCUGCUUGCCCUCCACUGGUUAUUGGGUUUUAUUUGUUUGUCCGUGAAGAGGGAAGCAACAAAGAAGAGCUCUAUUGCUAAUAUGGUUUUAAACUUUUAUCCAACUGUCUUUGAUCCACUUGCAUUGAAGGCUAUGAAGCUAGACUUGCUUGCCUACUGUGCAAUCUGUCUUGACAAGUCGAGUUCAGAGAAUCCAGGGGCUUGUGGUGAAGAAAUGGGUUCUGGAAUUUCUUUGGUGAAGCUCUUCGAAGAUGGUCUCAUCUCUGUUUCAGCAUUUAAAUGGUUGGCCCCUUGGAGCACGGAAACAGCAGUGGCAUUCCGGGCCUUCCAUAAGUUCUUGAUAGGUUCAGCACCUCAUUCUGUGUCUGAUGAUCCUUCUACCAUCGGGUUUGUCAUGGAAUCUUCAAAUUUUUGGACUUUACAGAGAAUGUUAGUGAACAUGGCAUUGGAGUUCCGGAGAUUAGUUUCGGUGAUUGUUGCUUUCAUUGACCGUUUGUUGGCCUGUCACUCACACCAUUGGUUGGGAGAGCGAUUGCUUCAGACAUUUGAUGAACAAUUGCUUCCAAAGGUCAUCAAGUACUACUAUUUGGCUUCUUACUUUCCGGUCUUCGAGAGGAUUGCUGAGAAUGCUACCAUACCUCCUCAUGGGUUGUUGGAGUUGCUCACCGCUUUUGUUGUUUCCCUUGUGGAGAAACAUAGUCCAGAAACAGGAUUAAAUUCUUGGUCUCUGGGAAGUAAAGUUCUUUGCAUUUGCCGAACAAUGCUCAUGCACCAUCAUAGCUCUAGAGUCUUCCUUGCACUCUCCCGUGUCUUGGCAUUCACUUGCCUGUGCUUUCCUGACUUGGAGGUUCGUGAUAAUGCAAGGAUCUACUUGCGGAUGCUGGUAUGCAUACCGGGAAAGAAGCUCAGGCACAUACUAAGCCUUGGGGAAGAGCUUCCUGGUAUUUCCCCAUCUCCGCCAAGUAGCUCAUUCUUCCAUGCACAGUCUCCUCGGCUUUCUCAUGAUCUUAAGAAGUGCAGAAAUAUCUCUUCCUAUGUUCACAUUGAGCGGGUGGUACCACUUCUUGUUAAACAAUCAUGGUCCUUUUCUCUAUUUACUGUGGGCAUUGGAAGUGAAUACCCUGGGUAUUUAGAGGGAAUCAAAGACAGUGAAGACCCUGUAGAUGUGCAAAGGGAUGUUGAUGGCAGUUCUGAUAUCCAAAUUAUCUCCGAAACAGAGAGAAUUGAUCAACCACAAGAGCCACUACGUGUGAUGGAUUCAAAGGUUUCAGAGAUUUUAGCGAUACUGCGGAAGCACUUCUUAUGCAUUCCUGAUUUCAGACACAUGCCGGGACUGAAGAUUCGAAUACCCUGUACUCUUAGAUUUGAAUCUGAGCCCUUCAGUCGCAUUUGGGGAGUUGAUUUACCUGGUAAUAAUUUGGAUGGAUCAGAUGCACUGCCUGCUAUGUAUGCAACAGUCCUUAAUUUUUCGUCCUCAUCACCAUAUGGGUCUAUUCCAUCACUCCACAUACCUUUUCUACUUGGUAAACCUUGCAGAAAUGAUUAUGCUUCUGCCUCGAAGGAUUGUCUUGAUAAAGUACCUGCAGAAAAUGGGUCUGUGGAACAGGAAAUCUUCAGAGCCCCACUGAUGAUUGAACUGGAGCCAAGAGAACCAAUGCCUGGUUUGGUUGAUGUUUCCAUUGAGGCUAACACUGAAAAUGGUCAGAUCAUUCAUGGGCAGCUUCGGGGUAUCAUGGUUGGCAUUGAAGACAUGUUCCUCAAGGCUAGUGUUCCAUCUGACAUUACAGAAGAUGCAAUCCCUGCAUACUACUCAGAUUUGUUCCAUGCAUUAUGGGAGGCUUGCAGUAGUUCCUCAAAAACUGGACGGGAGAUAUUUCCAUUGAAAGGACGCAUAGGAGUUGCAGCUAUUAGUGGAACCCGAUCAGUCAAGCUACUGGAAGUCCCUUCCGAAGCUUUGAUUGGGGUUGUUGAGCAGUACUUGACACCCUACGUUGUUAGUGUGAUUGGUGAACCUCUUGUUAACAGAGUGAAGGGAAGAGGGGUCAUCCAGAACAUUGUCUGGAAGGAUGUAGCCUUGAAUAUUGCCCUUGAUGUUUCUACCUCCUUAAAUGAUUUUGAUGGAGAGCCACUUCAACUUGAGUACAUUGAUGCAAAUGACAAAGAGAUCAAUAUUGACGUCACUAAGAGAAACAUGGGGUGCUUUCUUGUUCUAAUAUUUCUCCCACCAAGGUACCAUCUUCUUUUUCAGAUGGAGGUAUGCGAUAUUACAACAUUGGUUCGAAUUAGGACCGACCAUUGGCCAUGCCUGGCUUAUAUAGACGAAUACUUGGAAGCUUUAUUUCUGUUAAAAAAGGGAAUUAUUUUUUGUCUCACUUUUAUCAAUUUCAUAUUUACUACAUAAGUUGUGUUCUUGGCAAAGCUCUCACCUCUGUUGAUCCAUGCAGCUGUAAGUUCUAUGCUUCUCGUGUUU